AUGUCCCCUCCUAGCAUUCAAGAAGUUGGUGUUCAUGCCACCAGCGAUACCACCGCCGCGACAAUUCCGGAUCCUCUUACCUGUGACGAUGUUGCUGCAAGACGAUCAAAAUCUGGCCCUUUCAAGGGAGGAGUAGCUGCAUCUACUAGCAGUGAAUUUUUCAAAUCAACGGCUACAUGGAAGCCAAUGUCAAAGAAAUGGGACCACCGUUUGAAUGGAGAGAGCAAAUCCCGUCAGGCGUCAACUUUGAAGAAUGCAGCUACGUAUCUGUCUAUUCCUGGAAUGAUUUCUCUCGGUGGUGGACUUCCUUCGAGCAGUUACUUCCCCUUCCAGUACAUAGAUGUCAAGAUCCCUUCCAUUGGAAAGUUCUCGGAAGCCGAAACUUUAGAGUCGGGGAAAGUUAUGCAUAUUGGAAAGCAUGACGUUAAAGAAGGCAAAUCUGCGUUUGAUCUUUCGAUUUCACUCAACUAUGGACAAGGAACAGGAUCAGCUCAAAUCCUUAGAUGGAUAACUGAGCAUACUGAGAUCGUUCACGACCCUCCUUAUCAAGACUGGCAGUGCGUCACAAGUGUUGGAAGUACAUCUGCCCUAGACAUGAUUUACCGCAUGUUCCUAAACAGAGGAGACUUCAUCAUCUCCGAGGAGUACACUUUUACUUCAGCUGUAGAAACUGCUCUCCCGUUGGGCUGCAAAAUGAUUGGCGUGAAGUUGGAUGCCGAAGGAAUGCUCCCCGAAGCCCUCGAUGAGCUCCUUGAGAAUUGGGAUGAGGGUGCUCGGGGUGCGCCAAAGCCAUUCUUACUCUACACAGUUCCAUCAGGGCAGAACCCAACUGGUGCAACUAUGAGCACGGAGCGCAGAGAAGAAAUUUACAAGGUUGCUCAAAAACAUGAUUUGAUUAUCAUUGAAGACGAGCCUUACUACUUUCUUCAAAUGCAGCCCUACACUGGACGAGAUGCUCCUGCUGUACCGUUGCCUAAGAACCGCGAAGAGUUCCUCAAAUCUCUUGUUCCAUCUCUUCUUCGUAUGGAUGUCGAUGGGCGUGUGAUUCGCGUUGACUCUUUUUCUAAGGUCCUUGCACCGGGAUCUCGAGUGGGAUGGAUUACCGCAACUGCACAGAUCUGUGAGCGAAUGAUCAGGCAUAACGAAGUCUCUGUUCAGAAUCCAUCCGGAUUUGCGCAGGUGAUUCUCCAUAAACUGUUGGACGAAGAAUGGGGCCACGCUGGUUAUCUGGAUUGGUUAAUUAACCUUAGAGCGGAAUAUACGCAAAGAAGAGAUGUGUUACUGCACGCGUGUGAGGACUAUCUGCCUGCAGAAAUUGCCAGCUGGACGCCUCCUGCGGCAGGAAUGUUCCACUGGAUCAAGAUUGCGGUCGAAAAGCACCCCGAUUUCGGGGCCAAGUCUAUCCGCACAAUUGAGAAUGAACUUUUCCUCGCAGCUGUAGCCGAAAAUGUCUUGGUUUCUCCGGGAAGUUGGUUUUCGGCGGAUAAGGAUGCUAAGCACGACGAAAUGUUUUUCAGAGCUACGUUUGCUGCUGCUGAGAAUGCUGCCAUGACUGAAGCUAUUAAACGUUUUGGAGCUGCGAUUCGGAAAGUAUUCAAACUGGAUUAG